AUGGGAGAUUCAAAAGUAGGGCAACACCAAAAUGAAAUUGUUUUGAUAGCGUUUGGAGGUCCAUCCUCAAGUGGUAAAACUACAGUUGCUAAAACAUUACAAGCAUUAUUACCCAAACAUACAAACAUAGUACAUUUAGAUGAUUUUUAUUUAACUGAUUCAAAAAUUCCAAUUGAUCCCAAAACAGGGUAUCAAAAUUGGGAUUGUCCUGAAGCUUUAGAUUUUGAUAAAUUUAAAAAGUAUUUAGUGGAUUUAAAAAGUGGGAAAUUAAAUGACCAAAUUGAAUCCAUACAACCAAAAGAUUUGAAUUUAAAUUUAAAUGAGCAGGAAACUUCAGAAAUACGACAUAUCAUAGAGACAAACAAUGAUCAAUUCCAAAAUAAACAGUUAGUUUUUGUUGAUGGAUUCAUGUUAUUCCACGAUUUUGAAAUUAUAAAAUUAUUCGAUAUUGAUUUAAUUUUCCAUGCAUCUUUUAACACACUAAAAUCAAGAAGAGAAGCAAGAGCAGGUUAUAACACAGCAGAAGGAUUUUGGGUUGAUCCACCAAAUUAUUUUGAAUUAAUUGUAUGGCCAGCUUAUGAAAAAAGUCACAAACAUUUAUUUAUUGAUGAUGAUAUAGAUAAUAGAUUAAAACCAGAGAUUAUAGAGAAAUUUAAUAUUAAAGAAAUGGAUAAUGAUCAAGGUACAAGUUUAUUUGAUUUAACUUCGAAAUCAUUAAACUUUAUAUUAGACAGUUUAUAG